GACCCAGCGGCGCUGGAGACAAAGCGGAGCGCGGAGCUCAGAGCCGGAGCCAGGGGCAAAGUUAAGAAGCUGCUUUGACUAUGAAGAGAGCUUGACUCAGUUUGUCUAAUUCUUUUUUAAACAGAAGAUGAUAAGUAAAAGUGAAUCCUAUACUUCAGGGCAGGAAUCUGUGAUCAACUCAACCUGGCUGAUUUACGUAUUAAAAGAAUGGAUUGGUCUGGACUACCACUAUCCAAACUAUAUGGGCUCCUUCUUGUGUGUGUCACUCACAAUAUUCUUUUUUCCUUAUUUACUCUGGUUUAUCGUUUGCAUCUUUUGUAAUAUUUGCCUUCACAUUUACAAGAGAAAGAACGGCCUAGAUGAUGAUUUUUCCAAUAAACUAUGGGACAAUGGAAGGCUAAUGGUGUCACGCAUAAUUAGUAUGUAUGGAAAGCUAUGGCACGGUUAUGAAGUUCAUGGCAUAGAAAAAAUACCAGAAGGACCGGGGCUUAUUGUUUAUUACCAUGGAGCCACUUCUGUAGACUACCACUUCUUUGUCUGUAAUCUCUAUAUACAGAAGGGCAGAGUCUCCUAUUCAGUAGUUGAACGUCUCUUGUAUAUGAUACCAGGCCUACAACUAUAUCUUAAACUGCUUACUGCAGUGAAUGGGGGGAGAGAACAAUGUGUUGAAAUUCUGAAGAAAGGCAACUUACUGGGUGUUGCACCAGGUGGAGCUCGAGAAUCAUUCUUUAGUGAUGAAAACUACGGUGUCUUGUGGGGUAAUCGUAAAGGUUUUGCUCAAGUGGCCAUAGAUGCAAAAGUGCCCAUCAUCCCUUUGUUUACUCAGAAUAUUCGGGAAGGCUAUAGAACACUUGGAAAAACAUGGUUUAUUAGGUGGUUGGAUGAACGUUUUCGAUUGCCAUUCGUUCCUCAAUAUGGAGGGUUCCCAGUCAAACUUCGCACAUAUAUUGGAGAUCCCAUUCCCUAUGAUCCAAAUAUAACAGCUACAGAACUAGUUGAAAAGACAAAGAUUGCUAUCGAAGCGCUAAGAGACAGACACCAAAAGCUACCAGGAAAUAUAUUAAGGGCUCUAUUGGAACGAUUUGAUAAACAUCAGAAAGAUGACUAGUGUGUUUUACAUAUGUGUUUAAAAUGUACAUACCUUGUUGUAAAAGUAUUAAAAGCUACGUUACUGUACUUUAAACUUUUUUUUAAAAUUACAGUUUCUCCCAACAAGGGCUGUCUCUCUUAUGUCUCCGAUCAGCAAGUAGAAAUGGGCCAAAACUCAAAUUCUUAAAAGAUAAAAUUGGCUUACAAAGGAUUUUGAAAAAUUUAGGCUUGUGCUCCUUUUACUAGUUUAUGGUACAUGAAGAUGGCCUUAAUUUUCCACCCCACUCAGGCUUUGAUCCUGGUACCACUGAAGGCCAUGAACCUGAUCCAAAGCCCAUUUUAAGUCAGUGGGAAUAAGAAUAGGCCAAUAAUAAAUGUCUAGUCUGGUUUUGCUGGAGAACCCCUUGGGAUGUCUCAGAUAUUUCAAUUAAAGUGAGCCUACAAUGACUGACAAGAUGUUGUUUAAAACAUAACUUUUAAGGGAGGUGCUUACAAAAACAAAUGAUAAGCCAGAGUUUAACAGUCUAAGAAUUCUUUGACUGCUCACUAGCACAGCUCCCAUUGUGCUAGUUCUCCAGUCAUCACAGAUUCUUCCAAGGUGGACAACACCUAAAAUUUUCUAAUAUAAAAAAGAAAGAAGAAACCCAAACUCUGACAAGGAGAAAAACUCAUCAGGCCUUCUUGAUGCACCAGAAAGAAUAAAUAAAUAAAUAAAUAAAAAAGCACAAACCCAUCUUUUCUCCUCUGCAGGUUACGUUUACAUUUUUGGGGUUUCACCAAGUUUAACAGUAAUUUGCUUGGCAUAGAUGCUCUGAUACAGAACAUCAUAUUAAUUCUUUCACAGCAGAAUUACUAACCUAUUCAGACAUUGUAAAAAGUUGAAGCACGGUCUAAUGUUUGAAUUGUUUAGAUUGUAAACAUAAGGAUUGAAAAUCCUGACCCCGCUUAGGGUGACCAGAUGUCCCGUUUUUAUAGGGACAGU